UGCGGCUCCGACGGCCGCUCCUACCCCAGCGUCUGCGCGCUGCGCCUGCGCGCCCGGCACGCGCCUCGCGUGCCCCUCGGCCACCUGCACAAGGUGCGCUUCGGCCCCUGCGAGUUCGCUCCUGUGGUCGUCAUCCCACCCCGGAGUGUUCACAACAUCACAGGGGCACAGGUGUACCUGUCCUGUGAGGUGAGGGCUGUGCCUGCCCCGGUCGUCACGUGGAGGAAGGUCACCCAGUCUCCCGAGGGCACCCAGCAGCUGGAGGAGUUGCCUGGAGACCACGUCAACAUGGCUGUCCAGGUGCGGGGGGGCCCGUCCGAUCAUGAGGCCACGAGCUGGAUUUUGAUCAAACCACUGAGAAAGGAAGAUGAAGGGGUGUACCAGUGCCGUGCGGCCAACACAGUUGGGGAGGCCCAGUCCCAAGGCACAGUGAUGGUCACGGAGCUGAGUGAGUAA